UCCGGCCAAACAUAAACAGUAGUAUCGUGGAAAGACAACAAACCCAUUGUGCAACUCAUUUCUUGACGUUUUGAAAGUGUGCAAUGUCGUUAGGUCUAGUAGCAUACGGAGCUAGCGACGAUAGUGAUGCUAGUGAUACGGAAGAUGUUUCCAAUAUUCCAAUGUCAUCAGACGCACCUGAUGUUACUUCGGGUCACAUCAGUGACGAGGAUGACAUGGGAGCUGUUAGCUCAACAUCAGUUUUCCCAUCUGCAGUUGUAACUACAACAAGCAGUGAAUUAAAUAAUGAAGUUUUGCAGACUACAUUUACGUUAACAAAGAAUGAUGAUGCAGUGAAUUCAACGUCACUUACAUCAUUAGAAGAUUUACCAACACCAAACCAGCUGUCUGCUGAUGUGAACUCUGAAGUUGAGGAAGAAGAAUUAGAAGAUGAAGUGAAACCAAAAGCAGCAGAGAUUGCUGAUGCUCCACAGCCACCUAAGAAAAAGUUGAAACAACCAGUGAAAAUUACAAUUCCAUCAUUACAAGAGGUGCCACAAGAGGAUGAAACAACUCAUGAAAAACAAACUGCACCAUCUUUGGUGAGAUCAAGUCUGUUCUCUUUGCUGCCUGCGCCAAUGCAUUCAGCUAAAAAGGAAAUCAACAGACCCCUGAUCCCACAUAGUCUCGGCAAAAAACCAGUGCAGACGAAAGCGGCUGCUAGCAACGUUGCUUCAAAGAGUUCUAACCAGUCCUCACAGUCCCACACAUCAUCUGAGGCAGCCAUGUCUCCUAAACGUCUCACAACUUUCAAUGCACUGACAGGCUAUGAGAGUGACAGUGAUGAUGAAGCCGGAUACAAAGAUAGCGCAACCAAUUUUUUUUCAUUAGAUGUCACGUCCGAAGUGAAUCCAGCUCAGACCUCAACCAAAGCACAUGAAAGGCUUCAGAGCGAGGAGGUCUCUAGUUCAGAGGUGGAACUGAACCCAGCCAAACGGGGUGUGGGUGAUGAAGAUGUGGAUAACAACGCAGUCACAGAGGAGGGCCCAGCUGAACCUCCUGAAGAGCCUGAGCCUGGUGCUGUGAAUGACGCCCCACUUGAUUUUAGAAGUGUCAAUCGUCUCUCCUCCUGGACUGGUUCAUCCUACAGUUUUCUCAGUCCUGUUGGGCCAUCUGGUCCUGUUGGGCCAUCUGGUCCCGUUCACCAGCAGCCAUCAUUUUCUACCUACAGCAGCUCAUUUUCAGUGCCUUCUAAUUCACAGUAUAACCUAGUGAAUUCAGAGGGCCUACAAGAAGAUAUAGACAAUAUGCAGAAUACUGGGACAGAUGAAGACUUGCAGAAAUUUAUGAAUGAUAAAGAGUUCCAGAAAUUACAAGGCAAGCGCAAACGAGGAUUUGACGAGGCCAUCAGUUUUGUAGAUGCUAAUGUUGAUGAUUAUGUAGAUCCAACUGAAGCGUCCAAGCACCUGACUGAAGAAAGUGAAUAUGUCUCCCACAAAAGCAAGGACAACCUGCCCACAGCCCAACAAAGACGUAAGAAGCAGAUCACAUAUCUUGCAUACCAGGCCAAAGAACGAGAGCUUGAACUUAAAAAUACUUGGGCUCAAAACAGGUUGACAAAAAAACAGACACAGUCCAAAUAUGGGUUCUAAGUCAUUGACACAGUCUAGCCUGGGUUCUAAACCAUUGGCUAUGUCUGUAGAGUGAGAGACCAUCCCUGUGUAGUCUGGUCACAGUCUCUGGUUUAGCAGCUAAUAGUUUCAUAGUAUAUACUAGCAUUCUGCUCUUUUUCUUAAGCAGUUUUAUUCUCUAUUUGUUAAUUGCUGUUGUUGAUGCAGCAAUUAUUUUAAAAUAUUUUCACUUAUUUCCACUAACAUAAGAGCAGCCAAACCAAUUUUUUUUUGCAUAAUGUAUCCCAGGACAAUUGUAUUGGGAUUAUAUUAAAACAAUGUACACUUUAAGUUCAGUGGGGCAGCAUGUUGCAAGUACCUGGCUGGUCAUACAGAUGCAACUCUUGAAUUCUACAAAGUUUCACACUUUGGGUUCCUCGUUGCCUGGAUUUGUAGGCAUUGUGGGAAUCAGUUAAGUUUACACUCCAGGGUUUCAAUGUACCAUUGGAAAGAAUUUCUAGAUAAACUGCACUUUUACAAAUGUUCUGUUUUUAAAAAUCUGAAAAUGCUUUGCUCCAUUGUUUGGCAUGUUUUUUUUUAUAAUUGUGAUGUGGUGUGAGGUAUGUUGCUUAUUUUGGUGAUAAUUAAUUCAAUACUUACUCAAAGAAGUAUAUUUCUGGCUUGGAAAAUUACUAAGUGUGGAUAAAAUGAACUCGAAGAAAGUUUCUAGUAUGCAAGUUUGAGUGUAUAGUGAAUUUUUUUCUACAAGUUUGGUGCAUGUUCUGUCCUUUCAUCAUAAAAAAAAGUCACCUAACAGAAAUGAUAGCAGGUGAAUCUUAUCACUAAUGCCACCCAUUAUACGAUGAAUUUUCUGGAAGUAUCAUGAUUUUUUAUGUGAAAAAUUGUAAUUAUAAAUGUCAUCCCUCUAAUGUUUGACAGCUUGUUUAUUGGAAUAGUUUCCUGUAGUCAGGAUUUUGUGGAAUAAAGUUCAUUUUUUAUCCAAACUA